AUGUGCCUGGAGAUCACGUGCGCGUUACAUUUGCCCCAGCUUUUCUUCUCUGGACUGCAGCCACCAACAGCGAGAGGCCUGCGCUUUCAUUUGAGUUUCGCGAACCCUCCUACUCCUACUCCUCAUUUUCCUUUGCAGUACCUCUGCACGUCCUUCGUAACCAUUCUCGUUAUGAGUGGCAAUGUUGAGUUAUUGGAGCCCCAAAUCCGGGACAUCCUAACUGCCCCCGGGAUCGACCUCAAAACGAUUAGCGCAAAACGCGUGCGCCAGCAACUGCUUGACCAGGAUCCUUCUUUGACCGCGGAUUUCCUGAAGGAAAACAAGGACGAAGUUGAUGAGCUGAUAACAAACGUGUAUGAACAGAUCAGCAGCGAGGCAGGUCAGGCGGAAGAGGCGGAGGAUGAAGCUGUAAGGGAGGAGGGAGAGGAAGAGGAAGAGGAGGAGGAAGAGGAGGCUCCAGUGACGAAAGGAAAGCGCAGAAGAAAGGUGGAGGACGACGGCGAGGACGAGGCAGAGGAGGCCCCUUCUCGACCGGCGAAGACCAAGAAGGCGCGUAAGACUAAUGGCACGAUGACGGACGAGGAGAUGGCGCGCCAGUUAUCUGAUGAGAUAAACGGCCGUUCGCGUAGCUCCAGGACAUCGAGCACGCGCGGCACGAGGGGGAGGGGUGGAGGAAAACGCGGAGGGAAAAGAGGAGCCAAAAGUGCUGCGACGGUUGACUCGGAUGGUGAGGAGGGCGAAGGAGAAGCUACGAAGAAGAAGAGCAAGAGAGGCACCGGAUUUCAGAAGGAGUACGCACUGAGCGAGCCAUUGGUCGCUGUCCUCAAUGUGGAAAAACUGUCGCGUCCCCAAGUGGUGAAACAGCUCUGGGAUUAUAUCAAGGGGAAUGGGCUUCAAAACCCAGCAGCCAAGAAGGAGAUUCUCUGCGACGACAAGCUCAAAGCCCUUUUUAAUGUCGAUAGGAUUGACAUGUUCCGGAUGAACAAAGUACUUGGACAGUAA